AGAUGACUGACACAAAAUCAUUUGAUGUUCAGUGCAAAGAUUCGGAGUCCUCUUUUAAGUUUAACGCUAAAUUCCUCCAGAAAAAUGGCUACGCCGCUUGCGGCUUGCCCGCUUCCCAGCACCCAACGGAUGCUCGAGGAGCGGCCCUGGCGCCGCAGUACGGACACGACAAACGCGCACGGUGGGAGCCGAGAGAGGAGAGAACUGGCCAUGCCGUCCGCGCAUCUAGAAGAGGGAUGUGCCUUCCUUCAUCGGCCGACGGCAGCGCCGCCUCCCACAGUCCCACUCCCAGAUCCAGUUGAACUCGUGGCUCGUCCGAGGCGCCGGUCGACGCCCGGCGGAGAACGGGCCGGCGGCGGGAGGACGAGGAGAGCGAACGACCGCCAGGAGGGGCAAUACGUAAAGUUACAGGGUGCAAAGUGUACUCGCGAUCUAAACAGGGGGUAAAAUGAAAUUAAUCGGAUCGCGAUUAAUAGUCGCGAUCCACAACAGGGGGUAAACUGAAAAUAAUCGUAUCGUGAUUAAUAAUCGCGAAGUGAAAAAAAAGGGUCCAUGGGCGAUGGCCACUGUCGCGCGCCGCUCUGGCCUCGCCGUCGCCGACUUCCUCCACCUCGCCUCCCGCACACCAAACCCUAAACCCUUCUCCUCCUCGGCGUUAUCCUCCUCGUCCAGCUCCGCCCCUCCCAAGACCGCCCGGGUCCGCGAGGAUGACCUCUCGAGGCACCUCCUCCGGCUCCGCUUCCGUCCGCCGCGCGGGGCCGCCGCGGCCGCCGUCGAGAGAUGGGCGCAGGUGCGCGGCCACGUAUCGCAGCUGGAGCUCCAUCGCGCAAUCGUGCAGCUCCGGGGCGCGCGCCGCUACGAGCACGCCCUUGAGGUUUUCUCAUGGAUGGACUCAUGCAACUCACUCGAAUUGUCAUCAUGGGAUCAUGCAGCAAGACUGGGCUUGAUUGCUAAAGCUCACGGCACUUCUCAAGCCGAGGAAUAUUACAAGAAACUAAAGAGCGCUGCUGCCAAAACAGCUGCAUCAUUCCCUCUACUCCACUGCUAUGUGACAGACAGAAAUGUACAGAAGGCUGAAUCCUUUAUGGCUGAGUUGCAGAGUUGUGGGCUGCCUGUUGAUCCUCACACAUUCAAUGAAAUGAUGAAGCUCUACGUUGCAACCUAUCAGUAUGAGAAGGUCCUUAGUGUAAUUGACCUCAUGAAACGCAACAACGUCCCCAGAAAUGUUCUCUCCUACAACCUUUGGAUGAAUGCAUGUGCUCAAGUCUCUGGUGUUGCCUCAGUACAAUCAGUGUUCAAGGAGAUGGUGAACGAUGGUAUGGUCGAGAUUGGUUGGAGUACAUACUGCACAAUAGCCAACAUCUUCAGGAUGCAUGGACUGACUACUAAAGCGCAAGCUUGUCUUAGGAAAGCUGAAACAAAACUGUCACCGACAGGGCGCUUAGGAUACUCCUUUGUAAUGACAUGUUAUGCAGCUCUGAAUGACACUGACGGGGUUAUGAGAUUGUGGGAGGCUAGUAAAAGUGUCCCAGGCAGAAUCCCCAAUGCAAACUACAUGACUGCAAUGCUAUGUUCAAUAAAAGUUGGCGAUGUCGGCCGGGCUGAGUGGAUCUUUGGAAGCUGGGAAGCAGACUGCAGGAAGCAUGAUGUGCGGGUUUCAAAUGUUCUUCUUGGUGCUUAUGUGAGGAAUGGGUGGAUUGAAAAGGCUGAGAGGCUCCACAUCCACAUAUUAGAGAAAGGAGCGCGUCCAAAUUACAAGACAUGGGAGAUAUUGAUGGAGGGAUAUGUUCAGAGUAAGCAGAUGGACAAAGCUGCGGACACCAUGAAGAAAUGUCUAUCUUUGCUGAAGAGCUGCCAUUGGAGACCUCCACUUGAACUGCUGGAGGCCAUUGCAAAACAUUUUGAGGAGCGAGGCAGUGCCGAUGAUGCAUAUAGAUACACUAAGGUUCUCCAAAGGUUUAACUUGACAAGCUUGCCCCUAUACAAGUCACUGCUUCGAGCAUAUAUCAAUGCUGGCAUUGUGCCGCCGAAUAUCCUUGAGAUGAUAGCAAAAGAUCAGAUUAUUAUGGAUGAAGAAAUGGACCGAUUGAUCAUACUUGCUGGUAAGAUAGAUAUCACAUGCAAUGGACAGCCUUUAACUGGAACAUGCAAUCAUCAGUCAGUCGACUUUGUCAAUUAGAGCUGCAAAGUCCAGAACGGCAAGUUGAACCUGCAAAAGAGAUUCCCAAAAAGGUGAGUUCGUGAGUUCCUGGAGUUCCUGAGCUUUGUUCCUGCUAAUCCAAGCAAUUCCAUCUAUUUGGGAAUCUUAAGAGUGUAUUUGGAAAACGUGGAGCAUGAAGUGAUCACUUGAACCAACACAGAAAAAUGCUUACAACAUCAACUGAACCUUUGGACUAUCAGAGCUUCCUCGAGCCUGAUCUCCAUUCCCCAGUCACUUAUUUAGUGGUGCAACCAGUUCUAUGAUGCAAUGACAUAGCUUGCUAAUUUGUUCCUUACCCUCUCUAUCAUAGGAAAGCUGGUUUGCAGCUACACGUAACAUCUGCAGACUUAGGAAGUUCUCCUAAAUGGAAUGAGUUGUUCUGUAGAACUUCCCAACGAUCAGGCAUGAUUUGAGCGAAGUGAAUAGCAGAUUUGUGGUUUCACUUUCAGGAGUACAAAUUUGUAGAGUUGUAGGGAAAAUAGAUGAGCCAGAGAAGUUGAUACAUGUUUUUGACGUAGCCUUUCGUUUUCAUCUUUUUCAAUAAUGUCUUUGGAAAUAAACUUUGAUACGAUAUUUUGCAUGGCUUCUGUGUAUCAAUAUUCUUCUUUCA